GGAGCCGCCGUAGCAUAGCGCGGCCCUCGUCAGUGAGCCACGCCGCCUUCUGCGGUGAACCGUGACACUACAUCGGCUGUGGGCUGGUGGCCUGGCGCACGGCUCCCUCGCAUCCUCAAGUGGAAGAGAGGCGAGGCGAGGAUGCGGUGUGGGUCAUCCACUCCGCGUGGUCAUGUUCCGUUUGCCCAGCCGUUUCCAUUCAAAUUUCAAAUCCUACUAGUGACGACCGCACCGCCACCGACCAUAUAAACACGCCACCCGUAGAAACCAGCGCACGCCUCCCUCCUCUCCCCAAAUCAGCCGAGAAACCUUCCGGAACCUUCGAGAGGCCGCCCGCCCCACCCCCACGCACGUCGGCCAUGGAGAAGCAGACAAAGCCGGCGCCCGACGCCGCGGCCCACCUCGCGGCGCUCCGCUGCGCCAGGGCGUCGCUCCUCCUCGCCUCCCUCCGCUGGCCCCGCGCGCCGCCGCCGACGCAGGAUCUCCGGUGCUCCUCCUCCUCCUCCUCCUUUUCGUCGGCUGACGCAGCGGGGUGCGCACUCCGGCCCGAGGGGCUCCUCCACCGCGGUGAGGUCGCGGCGGCGCGGCGCGAGGCCGCCGGGCACGCGCGGAUCGCCGGGUCCGAGCUGCUCCUUGUCCUCGCCGUGGCGCCCGCCGUUCUGCUGCUGCUCCUCCUCCUCGGGCUUCUCUAGGCCGCCGUGGCGGGAUCCGCGUGCCGACGUCGACCGAGUCCGAAGAUGUCUAGAGUCUCCUCUCCUCUCCGUGCUCCGUGAGUGCCUUCUGAUGUUGUGCUGCUGAUGGUGUUCGGCUGAGCAUUUUUCACGAUGGGCUUGAUUUUGCUUCGGAUUCUGUACAUGUCUACCGAUUUCGGAGUUCAGUUUGUGCGUUCGAUCAAACACAGUUUUGUGGACUUGUUGUCAGUCGCGUGUAGAUAAAUUAGUAUCACCAGAGUUGCUUUGGUUGUAACACUGGCACAUGAAACUGAUUGGUGGUCAGGAUAUACUGGUAGAAUCAGCGAUGUGAAAUGCAGUAUAGUUGCUUGGCUUUCUCUUCGGCCAUUUUU